AUGGCGGACGACAAGAAGGCAGAAGAGGAGGUGCACGGCAUCUCCACCUCCGUGGAAGACCCUGCUCGAGUUAUCGCUGGCUACGGGGAGACCAUCAAGCGUCACGGUGCAAAGACCAAGGAGGUCCAAAAUACAUUAACAUUUGGGGCGACCAUUACAGUCUGUAUCUUUGUCGCAUUCUGCUGUGCCUGUGCCAACGGUUAUGAUGGAUCUCUGAUGGGAUCUAUCCUCGCUAUGGAGCAUUAUCAAAAUGUCUUUAAGACCGGAAUGGAUGGCCCCAAGGUCUCCGUGGUCACUUCGCUCUACACAGUUGGUUCCAUUGUCUGUACUCCCCUCAGCGCCAUCAUUUCCGACAGGCUUGGUCGUCGCAAGUGUAUGUUUGUUGGAGGAUGGGUCAUUAUCAUUGGGUCUAUCAUUAUUACUAGUGGGAUGACAUUGGCGCAAUUCGUUGUCGGUCGAUUUGUCCUCGGUCUCGGCAUUCAAAUCAUGGUCGUCUCCGCUCCUGCCUAUGCUGUUGAAAUUUCUCCGCCUCACUGGCGUGGUCGUGCUGUUGGCUUCUACAACUGUGGUUGGUUCGGUGGCUCCAUCCCUGCCGCCGCUCUCACAUACGGUACCAAUUUCAUCGACAACAACUACUCGUGGCGCAUUCCCUUCAUCUGCCAGUGCUUCGCCUGCAUUAUUGUCAUUAUAUCUGUUUGGUUCAUCCCCGAAUCACCUCGUUGGCUUAUCGCCAACGGCCGGAACGAAGAGGCAGAAGCAUUCCUGGUCAAGUAUCACGGCAAUGGCGACCCCAACGCUCGAUUGGUCCGUCUUGAGAUUGAGGAAAUGAAGGAAGGUAUUCGAAUUGAUGGUAUUGAUAAGAGAUGGUGGGAUUACCGACCAUUCGUCCUGACAAAAAGCGGACGCUGGCGUUUCGCACAGGUGAUCAUGAUUUCCGUCUUCGGGCAGUGGUCUGGAAAUGGUCUCGGUUACUUCAACGCAACCAUUUUCAAGGCUAUUGGAUACGAGGCCAGCUCAACCCAGUUGUUACUUAACCUCGUCAACUCUAUCGUCUCAGCUGUGGGUGCAUUGACCGCCGUGUACUUCACCGACAAGAUGCGUCGUCGCCCUGUUCUUAUCUUCGGUACUCUUGCAUGCGCUGUCACCCUGGGUAUCAAUGCCGGUAUCCUGCAGGAAGUCGCCAAUACUGGUGCCAUUGGCAAGACCAAGGGCAAGGCUGCUCUUGCCUUCUACUACCUUUUCAACGUGGUCUUCUCAUUCACCUACACUCCCCUCCAAGGUGUGAUUCCGGCCGAGGCUCUGGAGACGACUACUCGCUCCAAGGGUCUGGCCCUAUCAGGCUUCAUGGUCAGCAGCAUUAGUUUUAUCAGUCAGUUUGCUACGCCCAUUGGUCUUGCCAACAUUUCUACCAACUACUUCUGGAUCUUCGUCGGCUGGGACGUUGUCGAGUCCGUUUUCUGGUACUUCUUCUGGUACGUAUACCCUGAUUCCGUUAAGAAACCUCUCACGUGUCAGGCUAACUCCUGCUACUACAGUGUCGAAUCCCAAGGCCGAACUCUCGAACAGUUGGAGUGGGUUUACCAGCAGCCCAACCCCGUCAAGGCUUCCCUGAAUGUGGACAAGAUUGUUGUUCAAGAAGAUGGUACCGUUACCGAGAAGCUUGAAGCUGAUGCUUAA